AUGCCCGUCUUCGUUAGCGCGACGGCGCGGGAGUUCAUGGAGGACGUGCAGUUCGGUCCCAAUAAUGAAGUUGUUUCAGUAAACUCGAAGGAUUGCUUGUCACUGGCGGGCGUGACGAAGGGCAUGAUCCUGAGCUCCAUCAACGGCAACCCAGUGGGGAGGGCAGAGGAUGAACAGAAGAAGCGGCGGCACAUGGGGGGUGACGUGGUGCUGGUGUUUGUGCCGCGACCUUCUGAUGGGCACGAUGAAUUCGACCUAAGCUCUGGCGAAGACGAAGACAACAACUUCCAACAACGCAAUUUGUCUCUUGGGGUCGUUGCCCACGAUGAUCCAUCAGUUCUUCCCAAAAGUACCGAUGUUCUCGCAGAUGCGGCAGAGAAGGCAGGGCCUGGUAGGUGCAUCAUCAUCAUGAGCGAAGGUGUGAAUCCCGCCUAUGCCAUCGCCGUUGCUGCCGAACGUGCCUCGUGUACUGUGAUGUACAUUAACACCGUUGCUCGCCUCAAAACACGGCAGAGCCUUGGUCAGGCUGGAGAGGUUUUUCGUAAGUCUCUCGAAAAAGGCCUCUGGAUUUACAUUGAACAGGCCACGAAAUCCAUUUCCCUUCUCCGAAAACUGGCUGAGUGCAUUCUGGAGGCACGAGCAGAGGGAGCUAUUCACAGCAAAACACGUGUUUUCCUCAUGUGUGAGCCCCACCCGCAUUUCCCAGAGGCGCUACUCUCGGGCGGUGUGACGCUGCGCAGCACGCUGCGUCGCGAUACAGGCGAGGUGCAGCUCGAAAGUGACUUGCUGCAGAGUCGCAAAGGACUUUCCGUCGUGCGAGGCGCGGCAUCGGCGCCCGUCGAUGAGAAACCAGAAGUGACAAAAAGUCAGCGGCGUGUUAAGAUAUCUCACGAGGUGAGCAUCGUGCCACUUGAGAAGAAUACUUUCAUGGAAUUGAGUCAGAGUGCCUCUCCUCAGGCAGACCGGGAAACCAUAACUGGAGAUGGUAUUACACGUGUCGCCAAGUACACGUUUAGCACAAAUGAAAAAUUUAUUUCCCUCUGCAAGGUGAAAGAGGGACGCUACGCUGUAGGCACGACGGGGGGUUAUGUCCUGAUUUUGGACGUCGACGGCCUACCCCUCAUUCAGUUCCGUCCUCACAAGGCCUGUGUCUGGGAUGUUGCCUUUGCUUCUGCGUACGACUUUGCCACUGCCUGCGAGGACGGAACUAGCUCGAUUUUUAAUUACUCGCUUGCGGGACAGGAGCUCGUAGCAACCUCGGUGGCUUCUUUUCAAAGUGAUGUAUUUGCGGUGACGUAUGCAAACCCGGAUGAUCCCACUAGCGCUGUUCUAUCGGGAGGUUUAAGUGCCACAAUUUGUGUGCUUCAUUCGGAUCGUCAGAGCAGCUCUUUUAUUGCAUCGGGGAUGUCUAUUCAGGCCAUGCGCUCGACUCAGCGAAGGCAUGUUAUUAUUGGAGGAGGCAGUGGCGUUUGCUCCCUGAUUGACCCUGCUAGCUGUGUAAUAUUGGAGACGACGGACCGUCACCAGAGGAAAGUUCCGGCUGUAGCUAGCUACGGCGACACUGCAGUAACGGGUGGCUUUGACAAGAUGGUUCGUCUCUGGGAUGUGCGGAGUGGUCUUCGCAUGAUCAGCGAGAAGUCAAUGUCAGAGGUAAUUACUGCGGUUUCAGCACACGAUAAGUACAUUGCUGCAUGCAGUGGAUCCGAUCUUUUUGUAUGGGAUGUGCGGAAGUUUGUCACCCCCUUGGCAACCAAGCAGAAGGCCUGGAAGGACCUCACUCGUGGGCUUGUCAUGGACGGUGACAUCAUCAUAACCGCUUCUGCUGAUGGCGUGGUACGCUUCUGGUCUCUUGGCUCCUUCACUAACUGA